AACAAAACAAAACACUCACUUCCGGGUUUGCUGCACGUUGCCUGUCUCCUCUUCACCAACAAACCUCGGGCUUUUGUGUUUGGAGUCAAACCGGAGACAAACUCAGAGAAGAUGCCGAAAACAAAGCAGUCAUCGAGGAGGAAGAAGUUCGACUACACGCAGGACCGGAAGAAGCUGCUGAAGAAGUUUAUCAAGAAAAGCAACCCGAGGAUAGAGAACCGUCAGAUUCGACAUGCGUGGGACGAGAGGAAGUCCACGGCCAAGAACCUCCAGGAGAUGGGUCUGGCUUUUGAUCCCAACCGGAGUCUGCCCAUAAAGAAACCCAGACUCCUCGGUGACGACAAAGAGACUAAAGGUCCCGUCAACAUCGUGAUCAAACCCUACGUCCUCGACCAGCUGCAUGAGGAGGCGGGGCGUCCUGAAAAGGACACAAAGACGUUAUCCUCCGACCUGAUCGAGUACGCUCAGUACAUGAUCCGAGAACACGGCGACGACUUCAAGGCGAUGGCCAGAGACGAGAAGAACUACUACCAGGACACGCCCAAACAGAUCAAGAGGAAAAUCAACGAGUACAAACGCUGCCACUCGCAGCACUACGACGCGUUCAUCAGCUCGCUCGCUGCUCCGAAGCCCACGGACCAGUAGACACUUUAUAUUUCUGUUUCUGGACUUUAAACCCGUCUGUGGCGUCACGGCGAGGCGGACGUCAAUCUGGAGAGACGUUCAGACUGUGACAUCACGGAUCACGUAAAACAAAGUGACAGAACGUGGAGACGUGCAGGAGCGAGCUCGAGGUCUCGUUACGAUCCUUCAGGUGUAAUCGUCUUUUUUCCCCAUUUCAUCCUGAAGUCGCCGCCCGCUGUGAGGCACGGGUCAGCGUGUCAAAUAUUAAAGACUCAGAUGUUUUUAUUUUAAAGGAGGAUCUUUAUCGUACCUUAUUUUCUCUCCCAGGAUGAUUAAAAACUCACGUACAC